AUGGAAGGUACAGUCACGUCAGUUCUACUGGCAGGUAUUGCCACUUUACUCGCAUAUCUGUUUCUAUUCCGGAAUGCAGAAAGACGGCGGCCAUUGCCAGGCAUGCCCGGACCACGGGGAUGGCCCGUAGUUGGAUCGCUGUUCUCACUUGGUGAGUUACCUCAUUUAAGACUUAUGGAAAUGUCGUGUACCUAUGGCAACGUGUAUCAACUUCGUCUUGGCAGUCAAUACGUCGUCGUCGUGAAUGGAAUACGAGCGAUAAAAGAAUCCUUACUUAAACAGUCGGUGCGUUUUGCAGGACGGCCUGCAUUUCCAUCGAUGAACUUUACGAGCAAGUACGUGGGUAUUGUGUUUGACACCUAUGACGAUAUGUGGAAAUAUCAACGGAAGAUAAUCGAUUCUUCACUUAAGCCGUUCACGAGUGGGCCAACUGCUCUAGAAGAGGUGGUCACAUCAGCGGCAGUGGAUGUUGUGAACAACUUGACCAACCAUGGUAACUGUGGGAAUGGAAAACAGUCUGACCCGUAUGACGAUUUAUACACGGCUGUAGGUAACGUGACCUGUUUCGUCUUAUUCGGAAAACGCUACAGUCACGAUGAUGAUAAUUUUAAAAAGGUGUUGUAUUAUAGCAAGAGGUUUGUUGCGGCGAUCACGGGGAAGGGGAACAUCGUCGACUAUCUACCAUGGAUGACAUUUGCAAUGAGAAAGGCGUUCGCCAAAGUUGCUGAUGACUUAAGCCUAAUUACCAGGUUCGUUGGUGAACAGAUUAACCAUCACAGUUCCCAUCGCGAUGGGAUUGGGAGUGUGAUGGAUAGUCUGAUUCGAAUACGCAACGAUUCGGAAAGGACUGAGGGUUGUGCGCUGAAAACAAAAACAGAUGUUGAGAGAGUGUUGUGUUGUUUAUUUGGGGCUGGUUAUGAAAACACCACUAGCACCCUGUACUACUUGAUUCUUUACAUGAUAAUACAUCCGGAAAUUCAAUACAAAGUUCACGAAGAGAUUGACAGAGUAGUAAGCAGAGAUCGACUACCGACACUUUCUGAUCGAGCAAAAUUGCCAUACACAGAUGCUGUCCUCCAGGAAGUUAUCCGUCAUGCGUCGCUUGCACCUUUGACCGUACCGUAUUCGACCUUAAAGGACACGGAUCUCCUUGGGUAUAAAAUCCCGAAAGAUACGCCCAUAUUUGUAAACCUGUGGUCAGCAAACUACGACGAAAACGAGUGGGAAGACCCACACCGAUUUAACCCCGAUCGAUUUCUUUCGGCCGACGGCUUGUCAGUGAAGAAAUCACAGGUUGCUAAGAUGGUUGCAUUCGGCAUGGGGAAACGACGGUGCCCAGGGGAGCAGCUGGCACAAUUGCAAUUGUUUCUGUUCUUCGCGAUUUUCAUGCAUCAGUGCCACUUUGAAAAGUGUGAAGGUGACAAUCCACAGUUGACAAGUGUGUAUGGAUUGACUUUACGCCCAGUGCCAUUCAGAGUUGUCACGAAGCACAGAGGACCAGACUAGGAAUGAAGUGAGCUAAAUGUUUUGAGAAACCGGGCGAGAGAAAAGUUUUUUGUUUUGUUUAUUUUUGAAAUACACUUUUGACAUCUUGUAGGGGAAACUAAAUCGU